GAUAAACUUCAACAUUAUUAUGAGCAAAAAUUCCAAAUUUGGAGGGACAAAAGACUAGGUGUGCCAACAUUUGACACGAGCUCGUAAGCUCUCCAACACCUGCAAUUUCUACUUUCUCUCUACCCAAAGUCUAAAGAACUUAACGAGGCUUUAUAUUGGUGCCGGUAUAAGAAUGUUCUAAUCUUUUGAUUCUCGAGGAAUCUAAAUUUGCGGGUUUAUUGAAAAUGGCUUAUAGACGUAGUGUUUGUACGAGAGCUACCCUUUUCUAUCGAAGAUUCAAUCCUUGUACUGGUUAUAUUUCUCUUGACAAUGAUAGAAGGAAAACCAUUGAUGAUCAUGAAGCCCCAUUGAGAAGGCAUAUCAAUGAUUUUCUAAGCCAAAGCAGGUCUUUUGGAACUUAUGUCAACAAUUCUUGGACCCCUAAUAGCUUAUUUCAUCAUCAAAGGUCAAUUUAUUUUGGAAAUGGAAAUGGGGUUAUGAAUUUCCAUCAUAGAUAUAUGUCGACCUCAAUUGGCAAAGAGACUGAUAAUAUAGAUUUUAUUAGUGAUGUUGCUGGGGUUAUUAGUGAUACUCCGGCUGAGGUAGUUGCUACUCAGGCUACCCUUAUUGUUAGCGAAGUUGCGACUGCUGCUGCUGAUUCUGCAUUUCCAGUUGCUGCUUUGCAGUAUGUCAUUGAUGCCGUUCACUCAUUUACUGGUUUCAAUUGGUGGGCUUCAAUAGCUCUUACAACUUUGUUGAUUCGUGGGGCUACUAUUCCAUUUCUCAUUAAUCAGCUUAAAGCCUCCUCCAAGUUGGCGAUUAUGCGUCCACGUCUUGAGGAAAUUAAGGAGGAGAUGCAAGCCAAGGGCAAUGAUCCUGAUGCUAUAUAUGAAGGGAAACAGAAGAUGAAUGUGUUGUUCAAAGAAUAUGGUGUUACUCCAUUCACUCCAAUGAAAGGACUCCUCAUUCAAGGUCCUAUUUUCAUCACCUUUUUCUUCGCUAUAUCAAAUAUGGUGGAGAAGGUUCCAUCAUUUAAAAAUGGUGGCGCUUUUUGGUUUACUGAUCUCACGACUCCUGAUGCUAUGUACAUUUUUCCUGUUUUGACAGCAACAACCUUUCUCAUUACGGUUGAGUGCAAUAUGUUGGAAGGCAUGGAAGCCAAUCCUGUAGGCAAAACUGUGAAAAAUUUUUCACGAGGCUUUGCUGUUCUCACAGUUCCAUUCACAAUGAGUUUUCCCAAGGCAAUAUUUUGUUAUUGGAUCACUUCUAAUAUCUUCUCAUUCAUCUAUGCAACUGUAUUAAGCAUUCCGGGUGUUAAGCCAGCAUUGGGAAUUCCAAAUAUACCAGUGCCGCCUCCUAGUGCUUCGCAACAAAAGUCCAUGUCUUUGUUCGAACUAAUCAAACAAGCUAAAGUAGCAGCCUCGCAGUUAAAGAAGCCUGAUUCAUUACCUGCCACUCCUGAACAGUCUAAAUCCAUUAACGGAAAAGCCUCAUCAUCGGCAGUUCUUAGUCAACGCAUUAAAAGUUUAGAGAGACAAGUGAAACAAAAGAAGAAAAAUAAGAAGCGAUAGCCCAUAAUGGUAUGUCGUGCAAUUCUUUUCCCUUCUAAAGUUAUAUCUUAAAUUUUGAUAGUAAAAACUUUUUUCACUGAAUACCAAGUUUUCAAGCUAUCCCUUUAGAAAAUAGUAAUGGUUAAUUUUGAAGCUGUCGGGGUCUAACUCUGGAAGUAAUGAAGCAAUGAAUGCUUGCUUUUGGGUAUGUUAAUUAAUAUAAGUAGUUAUUCAGUGGAUGUUAAUGAGAUUAGAUUGAGAAAAUCUUGAAUUCAGUUAUACUUAAAUUCGUUAAUUGAACUUGAAAAUUAUCAAUCCAAUUGAGACUCAAAAGUUUUUGAAUUUAAAGUCGAUGUUUAGAUAAUUAAUUGGGUGACUGAUUUUUAUCGAACUUAAUUAAGUAGAAUAAUUAAGUUUAGUUGUAAAGAUGAGAAGGACCCAAAUGGUGAUUUGGUAUUGGUUGUGGGAGAAUCAUCAAAACACACCAAGAAUGCAAUUGUUGGAUAAAUAUAUCUUUAAGGAGCAAGUCUAUAAUUAAGUAUGCUAAAAUCUAAUUAAAAAUACUAUUUUCCUUGCCUUUAUUUUUUCACGAAAAUUACUCUGUUUCUCCAUUGUAAUUCCUAUGAAAAUUAAAGCUUUGUUUCUGAAUAUCAACUUAGCUAGAUGAUGUUUGUAGUCUAAAUUUGGUGAACCACCUUAAAAUUUUCAUGUUAAAUGUAGUCUAAAUUUGGUGAAUUACCUU